AUGAGCGAGGAAUACUACAACUCCUGGGAGGAGCCUAGCAAAUAUCCGCGGAUACCCAACGUCUAUGAGCCCAUCGACGGCGUUCCAUCUCGCAACGCUCACGACACCAACACUCGGCCUCUCAACCGAGACAAGACAAAGGCCAUCGCAGUCAAACUGAAUAUCGAUAGCCAUCGCCGGUCAACUUCACUGCGACAAUCCCCUGACUUUGAAAAUUGGCCAGACCAGAGGGCACUUGAGGACGAUCAAGCGAAUUGGUCCGUCGCAGCACAACUGGGGAGCAGUUAUACCUGGAGCGAUGAUUCCUUCAACUGGCGUCCGAAACCGUCAAACCCGUCGCAUCCGCCGCAGCGUGAAACAGACGAGCAGAGGCGAGCAAAACGGCAGUCAAGUUUCGAAAAGUGGAUGAAUGCCGGCGACAAACUCUUCUGUCACUCACAGAAGGCCCGGUCAUGA